AUGCGUAUUCGCCUACAGCCUCGCAGGAGACCACAAUGUAAGCGACCCCCAGGUAAGCUGAAUAUUGCCUUGUUGUCAUUGCCUGCUCACCAUCUCCAUUUCUGCAAUGAACUAACUCAAUGACUAGACAAUCUUCCCAUCGCUGCCCCUGCCGCCGACGCCGCCGCUGAUGAGAACGCCUGCAUAAAGAACCGCUGGUGUCAACUGCGAGACACGGUCCAGUCGACGGCGCUAGCCGUCCUCGGUCACGCUCGCCUCCAACACCAGGACUGGUUCGACGACAACGACGCCAAGAAGAACCGCCUACACAAAGCCUACGUAGACCACCCAACUGAGGACAACAAAGCUGCUUUCUACCGCAGUUGCCGCCACCUUCAGCAACGGCUGUGUGAGAUGCAGGACGCCUGGACUGCUCGCAAAGCUGAGGAGAUCCAAGGGUACGCGGACCGGAACGAAUGGAAGAACUUCUUCUCUGCGAUCAAAGCUGUCUACGGUCCGCCGACAAAGGGCACUGCUCCUCUCCUCAGCGCCGACGGGAACACUCUCCUGACUGAGAAGACGCAAAUCCUACAGCGAUGGGUCGAGCAUUUCCGAGGCGUCCUCAACCGCCCCUCCGUCAUCUCCGACGCCGCCAUCGAUCGUUUGCCGCAAGUGGAGACCAACGUGGACCUCGACCUCCCGCCAUCUGUCCAGGAAACCAUCAGGGCCGUGCAGCGGCUCUCCAGCGGGAAAGCACCCGGAUCGGACGCAAUCCCUGCUGAGGUCUACAAGCACAGAUGUCCCCAACUGAUGGAUCACCUGACUGCGCUCUUCCAGGGGAUGUGGCGUCAAGGUGAAGUACCGCAAGAUUUCAAAGACGCAACCAUCGUGCAUCUAUACAAGCGAAAAGGGAACCACCAAGUCUGCGACAAUCACCGCGGCAUCUCCUUGCUGAACAUCGCCGGGAAGAUAUUCGCUCGCAUCCUUCUCAACCGCUUCCAUAACCAUCUGGAACAGGGCCUUCUGCCGGAAAGCCAAUGCGGCUUCUGUCGUCAUCGUGUGACCACGGAUACGAUCUUCGCCGCCCGUCAACAUCAGGAGAAGUGUCAGGAGAUGCGGACCCACCUGUACUCUACCUUCGUGGACCUGACGAAAGCCUUCGACACAGUGAAUCGUGAAGGACUGUGGAAGAUUAUGCAGAAAUUCGGCUGUCCGGAGCGAUUCACUCAGAUGGUGCGUCAGCUGCACGACGGUAUGAUGGCGCGAGUCAUGGACAGCGAGCUGUCUCAGAGGCAUUCGCAGUGACCAACAGAGUGAAACAGGGUUGUGUGCUGGCGCCCACCCUCUUCCGUCUUAUGUUCUCUGCCAUGCUGAUGGACACCUACCGCGACGAACGCCCCGGGAUCCGCAUCGCCUACAGGACGGACGGUCACCUCCUGAAGCAACGACGGAUGCACUUCCAAUCGCGCGUAACCACAACCACCGUUCACGAACUCCUCUUCGUCGACGAUUGCGCCCUGAACACCACCUAGGAAGAGGAGAUGCGACGGAGCAUGGACCUGUUCUCCGCCGUCUGCGAGAACUUGGGCUGGUUAUCAACACGCAGAAGACGGUGGUGAUGCAUCAGCCGCCACCCAAAACAGCCACGACUCCCAACGCGCCGCAAAUCAGCGUGAAUGGGACCCAACUGCAAGUGUGGAGAACUUCCCGUACCUGGGCAGUACUCUCGUCCGCAACACCAAGAUCGAUGACGAAGUCGCCAACAGGAUCUAGAAUGCCAAUCAAGCCUUCGACCGCCUCCAAAGCACAGUUUGGAAUCGUCAUGGUCUUCAACUGAGCAAGAAGCUAAAGAUGUACAAGGCCGUCAUCCUGCCGACGCUGCUGCACGGAGCGGAGACUUGGGCAGUGUACACAAAGCAGGUACGUCGACGGAACCACUUCCACCUCAGUUGUCUUCGUCGCAUCCUGAGGCUGAACUGGUAGGAUCGAAUUUCCGGCACUGAAUUGCUGGAACGGACGGGAAUCGUCAGCAUUUACACCUUGUUGAGACAAAUGCAGCUGUGUUGGAGCGGCCACGUGGUGCGCAUGGACGACGAGCGACUACUCAAACUACUCUUCUAAGGAGACGUCGCGACGGGUUCUCGCCGUCAAGGAGGUCAAAUUCGCCGAUACAAGGAUACUCUGAAGUCCGCCCUGAAGCGUCUGAAAAUCAACCGGACCGACUGGGAAGAGCUCGCACUCGACCGACCGACCUGGAGUAGAAUCGUGAAGACGGGGACUGCUAUCUACGAAGCCAACCUCGUCGCCGCCGCCAAAGUGAAACGCGAAGCACGCAAAUCACAAAUUCGCCCAGUACGCAACGCCGACACACAACCGCUUCCAACAUGCUCUCGAUGCCAACGGACAUUGCGGGCACGAAUUGGACUUGUUGAACAUCUUCGGAUCAACUGCAUUUCUCGGAUUGCACCAACCGUCGUCCAUCCACCCGACUCAUACUCGUCCUCACUGCCGCCAACUAACUCUGACAAUUCUUCUGAACCGCCAUUUCCAUCCUCCUCCUCCUCCUCCUCCUCCACUGCCCCAACGACGACCGCUCUGUCAGCUGUCCCUCACAUCAACACCACACACAUGCCUGACACAACAACAGACACCACUCAUCCAAACUCCGACUCCGGAGAUUAG